GUCCCUCCACUGCAGCUACCCGCGGUUGCGGGGUGCGACAUCGAUGUCACAAACGUGGAAGACGUGGACCCCGUCGAGAAUCUUGUCGCAGCCAGCGGGGUGCACAACGAGAGGGCGGCAGCAGAGUUGAAUAGGGUCGCAAUUGCUAUGGAAGAGCCCCGCGGAUACAUCGGAAUCGCCAUGUUCGUGAUUUCUGCGUUGCGGUAUCGCGCGCGCGUCUUUCUUUGGUACGGGGACACAUGUGAAGAUGCAUUGGUCAAGUAUGCUCCGUGGGCCAAUGAUGCUGUGAGUGUGGUUGCAAAAUGCCAUGCUGUCUCCUGUGCGUUCCGAGAUGAUGGCUCAGUCCGCGGGUUGGAUGACGAGGCCCUGCGAACCAACCAUUGGGUGGCGGGUUUCCCGCUCGAUGGUGGCGGCGCCCCUGCUGGCGCCAGCCUGGCCGAGAGCAUGUGCGAGGAGACCCGUUUUUUCUAUGCGCAGUACUUGUCGCACUCCGUGCAGCUCGUUGCAACAGUUACGGAUGGAGAUUGUGGCCUCGACGUGAUGUGUUUCAUGCUCGGCUGGAACCGCAGCAGCGUGAACCGGGACGCUCUGCGUUGCGAGUUGUGCGCCUACAUUCUCGAGCACGCGGGCAAUCGAGCUUUCGUGGCGAUGUUGCGGCACACGGGAGAGAUCGAUAACCAUUUGGGGCUCUACGAGUUAGAUGCCGCGGGCGCGGCGUUGGUCGCUGCGCGCCCCACGGAGCAUCGCCAUGGUGAUGGCGGCGCAGAGGGCGCCCUGUUAGAGGUGCCGCAGCAAGCAGAGAGGCACUACAGCGAAGAGGAGGCGCGGGCCUUGAGGUGGAAAUGUGACCUGCGCACGGCGGCGCGGGAGAUCAUUGUCGGCAUGCUCAAGCGCCUGCCCGAUGAGUGCGCGAAUGCCAUGGUUCGCGAGCACGCGACCCGAGAUGACGGGGAGGCGUUUGCCACAGAGCACCCCGCCGUCGCCCAGGUCACCGGUCUAGCCGUGCCCCAGGGAAAAGAAAUCCCCCUUGCUCUGAAAGACAAAAAAAAGGCUUGGGUCGAUUACAGGCGAGUAUUCAGAAUAUACCAGCACGCAGUGCAACAGUUCCUGACAUCCGCGGUGGCGGAGCGCCCCGUCCGUCCGGACCAGAAGGGUUGGCAGUACAGAAAAGGGACGAAUUGUACAGUUCGGGACUUCAAGCGACGUAGAUGUUGGGGCGCUGGCAGACACAAGGCGUGCGCAACGUUGCGGGAACAAUUGGCCGAGCCGUACAGCAUCAUGCGGCACAGCGUGGACGUGAAGGUCACGUGCCGCUUCCCAAAGAAAGUCCUGUUGGCGAAAGCGCUGCAACUACAGGAAGAGUAUUAUGUGGUCCACCUAAACAAGAAGACGGCACCUCAGACCGUGCAGAUCAACGGUAGAUGGUUGGCUGGCUUCAUGAGGGAGUGCCGGAUUUCCUCGCGGAAGCCGAAUCGUAAAUUCAAAGUGCCGCGCGUGGUCUUGGCGGAACGCCUGUCUCUUUCCUGGGUCAUCGUGUCGAGACUACGGAAGAUGGUCAUGCUGCAUCAUGGGUACGACCCAGAAAUGCGGAACGUCGACCAAUCUCCAUUCCACAUGAACGAGGGGCUGUCGGAUUGCCUAGAGAAGUGGUUGUUACCGUGGGGCCCUGGCAGACGGUGGGAGUUGUUUCUAUUAGAUGCGUACGCCCCUGGUCUCACUGAUAAUGCGCAACGCUUGUGCUGGGCCCGCGGCUACAUCUGCGUGACCCACGGUGGUGGGGCUUCUAUGGUCUGCCAAACAAAUGAUACCGACCUGCAUUUGCACAUUCGCAAGAGGUUCAUUGAACUGCAAACGGCCAGGAUUGUCGAGAAAGCGCGAAUCAGUGGCGGCGGCAUGGUGGACCUGACGAAAGAGGAGAACAUCGAUAUCAUGGCACAGGUCAUUUCCAAUAGGACUCUCCAUGUGCAAGCAUGUAAGGGAUACAAACUCACGGGCACAACGGUCGCAUUGGACGGUUCUGAAGAUGAUCAAAUAUGCAGAGAGGCCAAAGACUUCUGGGAUGAAAUGGGCAUGCGAAGCCGCAUUGACUCCGCGGUGGCGGAAGUUGCGGAGAAGCACGCUGCUGGCCUUUUGCUUUGGAACUACAAGACUGCGCAGUCGCUCAUCACGCCGUACCCUCGCAGGGGCCACCUAGAUGAG